GUGAAAGUCCUUUAUUUUAAUACAUAUUUCAGAUUAAUGUUACUUGAAAGUGACCAACAAUACGAGAGUUCGAACCUGAAUAAUCUGUAACAAUAUAAAUCUGUACAUAUACUAUCUACUAUAGAAAUAAUUUCAGUCAAUGAGGAAUCGACGGAAAAUUUAUGAUGACAAUGAUUUUAGAGAAGUUGUCAAAAACUUUUAUAAUUUAGUUUCAGACUUGAAUAAAAGUAAUAAUUCAUUACAAUCCAUUAAAAGUAAGGAGAAUUCCUAAGCCCAUCAUAAGGAAACAGCCUAAAUAAACUAAAUAGAGAAAUGCCAUUCCAACCAAGGAACCUCAAAACACACAAAGAGAUAUCAACAUCAAACCUGGAUUAUUUCAAACUCAACAAUACUUUAAUUGUUGUUUCAGUCAAUAAAUCGUAAGCCAACUAAUCCCCAAUUUCAAUCAAACUAAAUAAGCACCCGAUAUCUACGACAAAAACAAACAACAUCUUUACUUCUAACGCAAUUAGACUCACAUAUAAAUCGCAUAUAAUAUCUACAUUAAGAAAUUUGGCUCAUCCCUUGUUGAAAAUUAGGAUCCCACUUCUAUUGCCAAAAAAGUUAUGAAUACCAACUUCAAUCCUAUAGUAAUUUCCAUAUUAACAACUAGUCUCAAAUUCAAGAAGAGGAAAAGUAAAGUGAGGCAUCAGAUGUAAAAAAAACAAAUGGUGAAGAUUUCAAAUCGAAACCCUUGAAGGAUUUGGUUAGAGAGUUUUAGAGUGAUUAAUGAUUUUCAAAAAUUAUAGAAAG